AUGCUCCGUGUGCUCCGGACGAAGGACCUCGUGCAUGCGAUCGCGACCUUCCAGGACGGCCUGCAUCCAGACGUGUUGCCGCCGACCCGCCUGCUUCGAUGCGUCCGUCUGCGCAGAGGCAGCUACGAGCGCCAGCUCGCCGCCGUCCACGACUGCCUCAAGCCGUGGCUCGCCCGCCAUGGCACCUCGAGCCUCGGCCUCUUUCCCGCGUCGCUGCAUCGCCAUCUCUUCUACUACGCAGUCGUCUACAGCAACCUCGACGUACUCGUCUUCCUCGACACGGCCGGGCCCGUGCGUCUCAGCGCGGUGGACUGGGCCUUGGUCGUCGACGUCGGGCACCUUGAUGUACUGCGCUUCUUCCUCGAUCGCCACUACGACGGCGGCGACGAGCGCGUGAUGGCUCAUGCGAUCGAGACGGGUGCGGUCGCCGCUGUCCAGUGCCUAUUUGCCCACGGGAUCCUGCCCGCCAAGGACGCGCUCAACGAGGCGUGCACGAACGGCCACGCCCAUGUCGCUCGCUUUCUGCACGCGCACGGACUCGGCGCGUGGGACCCUAACACGCUCAUGUUUGUGCUCGUCCACGGCCAUCUGGACGUACUCCGGUUUCUCCUGGACGCAGGUCUUGGAGACUUUGACGCGUCGGCGACCUUUGGCUUUCAUGUCUCGCACCUCGAGAUGGCGGCCAAGUGCGGCCACCUUGACGUCGUCCAAUACCUCGCAGCACGCGACCGCCGCCACGUACCUCAGGCCUUUCUUGAAGCGGCGCGCAGCGGCCACGUCGCGAUCGUGCGAUUCCUCGACGACGGCGAGAGCGUUGACGUUUCUGUCGCCGCCCAAGAAGCUGUCGUUCGCGGCCACCGCGACGUCGUCGCGUACCUCGUACAAGCGCAUGCAGCAGCCUUGGAUAUGCACGCGCUCGCGACCCUCGCCGCCUCUCGAAAGCGCCGCGCCAUGCACGCGCUCCUGCUGCAGCACACACACCCAUCCACGCUGUAGCCCUGGACGUCUUCCUCCUCUCUCUGCUCAAUAUAUAUCUAUCUAUCGAAA